CCCAAACAUUAAACUCGCAAGAUCCACCGAACCAGAUCGAUAGCAAUAUCCAAGUUACUGAGGUAAGGAAGAACCCUAGAAGGAGAAAAUGCUUGGCGAGGAAGCCAAGGUGUUGCUAGGCUUUCUACCCAAUUCCACACCUUCAUCGUCACAGGUGAAAGCAGCUUACAAGAAAAAGGCAUGGGAAACUCAUCCAGAUCGUUUCCCCGUUUCCCAAAGAUCUCUCGCUGAAUCCAAUUUCAAACAGAUUUCCGAAGCUUACACAUGCUUACAGUCUGGCAUGAGAAGACAAGUUUCAGCUGCAGGCACAUAUUCAUGGGUGGUGAGAACCGGAGUCCCAAGGGCACAUGGAGGAAGGAGAAACCAUGCGUUGAUUGGAAUCCCUUUCCUAUUAAUUGUUUUAGGAACAGUUACUCUUGGUGGAUCCAGUGGCGCUAGGGCCUACCGAAGGCAGAAAGAGGCAUACCCCUCACAUAACCCUUUUCUUCCUUGACAGGCAUCAUAUCUUAUAAUCAUGUACCUCACAUUCAUUUGGUCAUAAAUAAAUGUUCCAAUUAAGUGCUUAAUCGAUGUAAAGUAGAGGCCUCUCACUUUGUUACAUAUAAUGUUCUAGGAAAAUAG